CACAUUGCAAUGGGAUUCAAGAUUCAAGAUUGAACCAAGAAUUCUUGAAUCCCAGGUCAGGACCCCAAGAUUGGGGCUGUACUUAGAGAAUCUCAACGAAGAGAACCGCUGCAACGCGUUGCAAUGCAGCUGUUUUUAAUAUAUAGUUCCUUGGUCGUCCGUGUGCUUUUUGGUCGUCAUGUCCCACGGCUACGUGGACGUGAAGACCUGUGAAGCGCUCAUCAGACUGAAGCGGCUGAGCCUGUCCUUUCAAGCCAGAAGAGUUGGUGUCCAGGGCCUAGUCAACCUUUUGGUCGGGGUGCCCUUUACUCUGCCAUGAACUCUGUCCAGAAAAAGCUGUGCUUGACUCCCGGCACGGGGCAAUGGAGCAGGGAGGCUGAUGCGCUUCUGGCCGAGCUCCUACAAGGGCCAAACAAGGGCAGCGAGCCGCUUCUGGCCUUGACGAAUGGACCUGCAGAUGAAGCGCCCCUGGCUCAAGUUGCUGGGCUGAAAGCGGCCAUUUCUGAGCUGGAGAAUGCACUUGGCUGUCACAAAGAAAUUGAAGAGGAGAAUGAAACAUUGCUGGCUGAGAAUCUUAAACAAAACGCAGAGAAUACUCAACUAAAGUGUGAAGACUUGAAACUCUCGAGGAUGCUGAAGCGUGCUUAGCUCCAGAGAGGCCAGCCGAAAUGUAGAACAGCUUGCAGACUGCUUUGGAAAAAGGGGUUCCUGGGAUGCGCCGGCAGCCCCUGCACAUGUGCAUCGUGUCUAAGUCUCUUUAAACUUCAAUAAGCUAUUGUGCGAAUAGUGAUUCUGCAAACUGUGUUUUUGAGUCUCCAAACUUGAGAAACUGCAACCAAGUCUCAUGUUGUGCGUCAUCAUCUCCAGUCUCCUCCAGCAAUUUGCAAGUAUAGGUGGAUCCUUCCGGAUUCCAAGUAACAUUGCACUCCUCAUGGCAACCUCGCGGACACCGCCAUUGCGCAAGCUGGCUGCACGCAAUGGAUGCUGCAACCUCUACCUCAACCGGUCUGUGGCAUGAUACAACAGGAUGAUGCUAUCAGCCUGUAAGCCUUUGUCUCUGACGGAUGUCGACCGUUGACGCGCGGAGGCACGUCCAUGAUGGUACUGUUUGAUGUCCACGUAGGCAUUCCGUCGCGCGGGAAGUCACAACGCUUCAAAUUUUGCAACGUUCAACAAUUUCCCAUCCUUCAAUCCUCCUGAAAUUUGACAGCCUCUCAGCAAUUGCCCUCUCUGGAGUCUAUCCGUGUAUUUGUCCAUUUGUCCAUUUAUCUAUCUAUCUAUUGUCCAUCUAUCUAUCUAUUUAUCUAUCUAUCUAUCUAUCUCCCUAUAUAUCUAUUUAUCUACCUAUCUAUAUAUCAUAUUGAGUUAGACAUGGGUGCAGCAGGCAAAAUGGUAGAUUGUGGAUAGCAUAUAUUAUACAUGCAAAAGACAGUGCCCAAAAGUGCCUUGCAUGUGUCAUUGGCUGGGCGCGCUGUUUGGAGGGAAGAAUGGCUCGCUGGCAGCCUCACAACGCUUUGCGAGAUGUGUGUCUGUGUGUGUGUGCUUUCAAAUGUAAUUUGGUAGCUAACGCCGAUUCAGUCAGGUCUGGAAGAAUCAAGCGCUUUCAAAUGAAGACCAGCAGCAUGGAGCUGGAUCGUGAAACUCCUCCAUGGAUUCUGGUGGAAUUUGGUGAACCUAUGGAGGUGCGGGACUUGGACAACAUCAAGAGUGUAGACACCAUCCGCUCUGCUACCAGAACCAACCAGGUGGAAGAGUUCAAUGUCGCUACCUACAAGCAUACCUACUACUUGCUCGAUGCAAGAGGGCAUGCCAUUGAUGAGCCUUUGGAGGAAGACUUGGCAGAGAUCCGUUCUUUGCGCCUGAAGGCCGCUUGGUGUUUCCACUUGUGCAAUUGCUGGACGACCGUCAUUGUGCUUGUGUACGCCUUUUUCCGAACCUAUGUAUGGUCCUGCUAUCGGCGAUUUAAUUGGUUGACCAUGGCGGUGCUGAACAAUUCAACGCAAUUCCCGGUGAGUUUCAGCAAGAUGGAGAAGAUCGGAGCACAAUGCGAGGCAGAAGUGAAAGGAACUGGGCUUCAAGGUGUGCCCUGUAGACCGAGUUUGGAUCAAGUUAAUAUGCUGUGUCAUAGCCCCGCAUACCUGGACGGCCUCAAUCAGCCAUGGCCAAAAGCAUUCGCCAACUACGCUGUCCUUGAGAGCCUAUUUGGACAAGACAACAAAGUUGGUAUUCCAUGCUUGCCAGAUAUGUGCAACCUGCGGCAGAGAAUAGUCGAGAAUGAAUGGCUCUUGAUUGGUGUAUGUAUUUUUCUUGUGCUGAGCAACUGCAUCGGUCGUUGGUGUUUCGAAACGUGGAUCAGAAGAAGAAAGGCGCAAAAGUUGCUGGAGCGACAGAAGCAAGCAGAGGAAUUCCGAAAAACCAGGCAUGAGCAGCAACCGCGAAGGAGUUCUUGGUGGUGACAAUGGUAACAAGCAAGCUUUGAGUGAUGGACGCCCGGAAUGGACCCAAAAGCUGCCUCAAGCUCGUGACAUUGAUAUUGCUCGCAAAAGCACAUAAAUACCGUUUGGAUGAGCUUGCUUCGAUGCUUCCAGUUUACCCCUUUCAAGUUAUAUAAUAUUAUAUA